AGAACUGGGCUUUCUCUGGUGCUGCAGGUCCCAGAGGACUUCAUAUCUCGGGAGCUCUUCGAUACUAUCCAGGUGUACGUCAUCACAAAGCCCGAGCUGCAGAACAAGCUCAUCACUGUGACUGCCAUGGAGAAGAAGCUGAUCGGCUGUCCUGUUUGUAUCGAGCACAAGAAGUACAGCCGAAACGCUCUGCUCUUCAACCUGGGCUUCGUGUGCGACGCCAGAGCCAAGGCCUGUGCGCUGGAGCCCAUAGUGAAGAAGCUGGCUGGCUACCUCACCACCCUGGAGCUGGAAAGUGGCUUCAUCUCCAAUGAAGAGAGUAAACAGAAGCUGGUCCCGAUAAUGACCAUCCUGCUGGAGGAGCUGAACGCCAAAGGAAAGUGCACCCUGCCCAUAGAUGAAUCGAACACCAUUCACCUGAAGGUGAUCGAGCAGCGCCCGGACCCUCCCAUUGUGCAGGAGUACGACGUGCCAGUCUUCACCCAAGACAAGGACGAUUUCUUCAAUUCGCAGUGGGAUCUCACAACGCAACAGAUUCUGCCCUACAUUGACGGAUUUCGGCACGUCCAGAAGAUUUCUGCCGAAGCCGACGUAGAGCUGAACUUGGUGCGCAUUGCUGUGCAAAACCUGCUGUACUAUGGAGUCGUCACGCUUGUCUCCAUCCUCCAGUACUCAAACGUGUACUGCACCACGCCGAAGGUCCAGGACCUGGUGGAUGACAAGUGUCUCCAGGAAGAAUGUCUGUCCUACGUCACUAAGCAAGGGCACAAACGAGCCAGCCUCAGGGACGUCUUCCAGCUGUACUGCGGUCUGAGCCCUGGCACGACUGUGCGAGACCUCAUCUCCCGCUACACCCUGCAGCUGCAGAGAGUGGACGAAAGGAGGCUCAUCCAGUUCGGCUUGAUGAAGGGCCUUAUCCGACGGCUCCAGAAAUACCCUGUUAAGAUAGCCCGGGAUGAGCGAAGCCACCCAGCCAGGCUGUACACGGGCUGCCACAGUUACGAUGAGAUCUGCUGUAAGACAGGUCUCCCCCGCCCCUCUGUGGCUCUUUAA